CCCGCCCUGCACCUCCGGUGGGUGGGACCAAACUGAGCUCUCGCACACAAAGACGUCGAUCUGGCGCGAAAGCGCUUUUACCGGCAGCGGGCUGGGGGAGGGUGCGGCUGCACCACGCGGAUCGAUCGUUGCUGCCGUUGUAACAGGACACCUGCUUUAUUUCCACAAAGGGAAAACAACUUUUCUAGUUGUUCUAGUUAAACGACCGUGAAACAAGGGCCAUUGGAGUCGCGCGCUAUUGUUUAGUGAGCGCGUGUGUACCGGAGUUCUACCGGACGCUGCGCUUCUUUGUUCUGAUCUGCGUGUCCCGUAGACUCUCACUGUACUUUGCAGGUUUGCUACCCCAUGCGUUUUGCCUGUGCACGGCGAAGCAUUUUAACUCCACGUGGGCAGGUAUCAUUUGAUCUAAUGACCCGUUGUCUUCUCAGACAAUCUUGUAGAAGUUCUGCGGCAAUGCCGGGAGUCAACACACACACACUGUACGGCUGGGACAUGGAGCACUACUUUUUCGACGAGAUGGACACCGAGGAGGAUUUCUUUAAAUCUACAGCCCCCAGCGAGGAUAUAUGGAAGAAAUUCGAGCUGCUUCCCACCCCGCCCAUGUCGCCCUCGAGGACGCUGGAUGGAGACUGGCUCCUGCCGCUACCGGGGGACCGGCUCGGGUGGGCGAUGCCAAAGGUUUUAACAUGUGACGAGGAGUACGACGGGCUGCACAAUUUCGACCCACUGGACAUUUUUGGGAAUUUGGGCUCUAUCGUUAUCAAAGACUGCAUGUGGAGCGGCUUUUCCACGAGUCCCCGACUGGAAAAAGUUGCGCAUGUCGAGCGAACACCGGUGCCUGCUCCGAUUCAGACCUCGACCGCACUGAAAGCUGCUCGUUCCGCAUCGGGCACGCCCGUGACUGGGACCCAGGCGGCACAGUGUGUGAACCCCGCCGCGGUGCUGGAACUCCCUGUCCCGCGUAACAAGAAGGUGGCUGCAGGCUCCUCCGGUUCCGAGGGUCGAUCGGAUUCGUCCGAUGAUGAUGAUGACGAGAUUGACGUGGUGACAGUGGACAACCGACCGAAGCGUGGCCGCCCUCCAAGUCGCCGUACGCCAGUAACCAUUACCGUAAGCGCUGAUCCAUUUGGACCAUGUCCCAAGCGCUUCCAUGUGUCUUUGCACCGGCAACAGCACAAUUACGCUGCCCCCUCCCCCGACACGGAUCCGGAGGAUGACUUUGAUGAGAUUGAGUCUGUGAGCAAGCGGCCACGUCUGGAGCCCUCAUCCUCUCCGUCGUCUCCUCUUUCUUCACCUGCCACAUCAGACUCUGAGGACUGCAGCGAGCAGCGUCGGAACUUCUUGGAGAGAAAGAGGAGAGAUGACCUUCGCUCGAGGUUCCAGGCGCUCCGGGAGGAGAUUCCAGAUCUGUCUGCAUCCUCAAAGACCUCGAAGGUGGCGAUUCUGACACAGGCGACGGAAUACUUGCUGCAGCUGCAUGCAUGCCAUCGGCGUCAAGCUCAGGAGAAGAGAAAACUCAAAGCCAAACAACAGCAGCUUCAACGCAGGAUCAACGUAUUACAGAACUCCUAAAAAACGUCUGCUUUAACAUUAAUAUUUGCAGAGCUCAUUAUGGAUGAGAACUCAUUGUUAUUCGAUAAAAUGACACUUAAAACACUGCAGGGAGAUCUUUAAAGCCACAUUGAAUUAUGCCCUCCUUGAGGGAUCUGUACAUGUCUGGGCUCAGCUUUAGACUUUGAGAUGUGGAAAACUUGACAAUUUGACAAUGACAAAUGUGCACAUGCAAUGCCUUCAUAAACCUCAGCAGAUGGAGAUGCCAGAGGAAGUUAUAUUGGCGAAUUUACCUCCAUAGCAAGCAGGGUGGGCGGUGUUUGUAUGCAUGUGGGUGGCGAGGGGACUAUGGUGUUCAAACACAUUGAGUAGAAAAUUUGAAGUGUCUUGUUCAUAACUUGAUCUGUACAAAAUUUGCUGUAAAUACUAUAUUCAGAGGAUUUUCUCCUCGUGUUUCUACUCCCAAAACUGCACAGAGAUUCUAUUUUGUUAAAGAAUAAAGCAUCUAAAAUGACA